AACCCUCAUUCCGUUUUCUCGAUAGCUGGUUUGCUCGCUUGCUUCAAACUGGGCCGUGCUUGUGCUAACAUCUAGCCUCACAAAAAGCCAAAUGCUGCAACCGCAGGCCUUGUAAACGGUAGUCUUCUUCUUCCAGUUCUCCUGUUGUUUGUCCUCUAUGAAUACUAUGGCAUCUACCUCGCAACAGCAGGUGCUGGAUUCAUUGAAAAGUUUCUUGGCAUCCGGUGCCUACUCUGAUCUCAGUAUUAAGUGCGGACGUGAUACGUACAGAGUCCAUAAAGUCAUUGUUUGUGGUCGAGCUGGCUUCUUCGCGCGUGCGAUCAAAUUCGGUGGACAGGAAGCGCAAACUGAUCAAAUUGACCUGCCUGAAGACGACCCCAAAACAGUAAAACUUCUUAUUCAAUAUUUGUACGAGGGCGAAUACGAUCCAGUCCUACCUCCCACCACGCCGCAGACCACGACGCUCGCUGUUGUCACACCGGUUAAGCAUUGGGAUACAGCGUCAAAAAGCCUCUCUUUUCCUCAUACCUGUCACAUGAUAGAAUUUCGUGGUUUUGACGGCCCUAGCAUCUAUGACUGCAGCAAUGAUCAACUCUGUCCACACCAUCGGUGCAGUAUUGACUGUAGGUACAGAUGCAGAGAAUUUUCUUGCCAGACUUGCGUUUUACCAAACCCCAUUGGACCUUCGUCACAACUUCUAACGCACGCCAAAAUGUACGAACUGGCCGACAAGUACGAGGUUGUAGGUCUGAAGGAGCUAAGUAAGGAGAAAUUCAGCAGAGGCUGCAAGCAUUUCUGGGAUACCCCAGCUUUCCCUAUCGCGGCUCGUCACGCUUUCUCGACCACACCCGGAAAAGACAACGGCCUUAGGUGUUGCGUGAGCCAAGCUGUUGCCACGAACAUGCAGUUAAUCCGGAAACCCGAGGUCAGGGCAUUGCUGAUGCAGUUCAACGGUUUAGCGUUGGGAAUCUUGGACGCAAAGAGUAAAGAGCUAGGCUGGGCAUGAAGACCUAACUAAGCAAUUACUUAACCAGUCAACUAAACUGUUAUCAUUUCGGUACCGAAGUGUUAUAUCGACAAAGGCAUCCAUCUCUUGUCCUUUUUAGAUGACUUCUUUGGAGACUGUGUUCCUUCUAGCUCGUCUUUGCACGUGUCGCUCGAAGGCGUACAUUUAUGCGUCUUUUCCUUCUUUGUAGCUCCCCAAGCGUGAUUCCACACGUUAUGCCAAACGGAAUUAUGGUCUCUUGGGAACAAUGGUCGGAUAGCGCGUUUUACCCCUGUAAAUUCAUCUCACUACUCCUUGUAACUUUUCCUAAUCUAGCAUCUAUGUAGCCCCUUGACUCUAUUUUACGUG